UAAAAAUUCUUUUCAUUUGUGAUCGAUAUGUCGGUGGAGACUAGUGGUAAUAAAAUUUCUGAUAGGAUGAAGGACGAAGAAAUUUACGAUUCACGUAGACUUCGUGAGACUGCCAAAAUUGCGAGCAUUUAUCAUAAAAGUGAUAAUAAAUUCCAAAGGAACAAGAAACUUUCCCACAUCGUGCAUGCUAGUUUAAAUUUCGUGCAAUUUCCAUCAAGAUCUUUCAUCAUGUUCAUUAUAACAAGUAUCGUCGUCGUCAUGAAACUAACGAAAAUAUGCCGAUUCUACCUGAAGAAAUGAAUGUCAUUUUCCCUUUACAUUCGAUUUGUAUAAUGAUAAGCUUGAUUUUUGCCGUUCUUUGGUUAAAGAAGACUUUCUUACCCGAAAGGCCAUUAAUGGUUCUUAUCGGAUGCAUGUUUGGUGCGAUUUCGAUGCUCUCAGUUGGUAUCAUGGAAAUGAGACAAGUCGAACAAUAUAUCGAUCUUACAAAGAUCACAGACGAACAACUACUCAAUCAUCCUCUGUUCGUUCAUAAUUUUUCCAUGUGUAUAUUAUCUAUUACCGUGAUGAUUCUUUAUCUUCUACAAGCGUGGAUCCUUCUCGACGUAUGGUUAUGGAUUAGAAAAUUCGGAAAAUUACCAGAUAGUGAAUCUAAAUGCAGUUCAAAUUUGAGUAUGAAUAACGAGGUAAUUGGAGAUAACAUUUCAGCACCAUCAACAACAGAAUGUCCAGGAAAAUUAGAUCCUAUCCCUGAAUUAAAAAAAUUUUUUUCAAAACUUCCAACCAAUGUUACACCAAUCGAGGAUGAACCUGUUAUUUUUUAUUGUUGUUGCGUUGAUUGUUACAAUUACAUCAAAGAAAGUCGUAAAAGAAAGCCACAUCAUGAAUUUCAAAUGAUUCAUCUCGAAACGUGUGAGAAACUACAAAUAAUCUUAAUAUAAAAUCUCAAUAUUUAACAAUAUUGAUCUCUUGCUCGAUAA